AUAAUAGAGAUAUAGAUAUAUAGAUAGAUCUAGAUAUAUCGGAAAAUAGAGACCACAAAGAAGAAGGAAAGGCGGGACAGUAAGAGAUUAGCAUGCUACAAGAAAGGAGGGUAGGGCUGGCUGCUGUGGGUUUGGAGCUGUUAAGAAUGUAAACAUAGAGAAUGAGAGAAAGCAGCGAGAAGGAGAGAUGUGAAGUGGAAAGCAGGAGAGAAGGCAGGAUACGAGUGUGUACUGUAUAGCUGCUGCAGAAGCAGAGGGAGGAGAGAGAGGACGAUUCAGCAGAUCUCCCCACUCUCUCUUUCUCUUAGCAACCCGGACUCCCUUUCCAGGUAGAUCCAAGCCGCUGCCACCGUGGAGCCUUUCAUCCCAUGCUGCAGGUGAUUGUCUCUGUGAUGAUCAAGGAAUUUCAUUCAGUUACUGCAUUUUCCAGAGCUCUAUAAGUCUGCUGCCGCCAACAGCAAAUAUGGAUACAAAGCAAUGCAGUCUGUGGAUGUUCCUACCUCUUGUAAUGUCUCUUUUCACCACAGUUGGCUUAUGGAUAGUAUACUUCAUUGCCAUAGAAGAUAACAAAAUAUUUCCUUUGACUGUAGAUAAAGGACCAGAUACAAUCUUACGACCGCCAUACAUAAGUAUUGCAGGUGAUGCGCCCCCUGCAAGCUGUGUGUUUAGCCAAGUCAUGAACAUGGCAGCUUUCCUAGCCUUAAUUAUUGCUGUCCUGCGUUUCAUACAACUGAAGCCAAAGACCAUCAGUCCCUGGCUCAGUAUCAGUGGACUUGUGGCCUUGUGUUUGACAUCGUUUGGAAUGACCUUGCUGGGAAACUUUCAGUUAAAAAGCAAUGAACUUAUCCAUAACGUUGGAACCUCCAUGACCUUUGGAUUUGGCACAAUAGCCUGCUGGAUUCAGUCCAUCCUGACAUUUAAGAUAAACAUAAAGAAGGAAGGAAGAAAAACUGGAAUCCCCAGAGUUAUAUUAUCAGCAACAAUAACACUCUGUGUUAUCAUCUAUUUCAUCUUGGAGUGGAAGAAAUGUAACCUGUAUGCACCGAGAGUUCAGUGGGUGCUGGUUAUGUGCUUUGUAACAUUUUUUGGGACUUUGGCUGUGGAAUUCAGACACUGCAGAUUUGAAAUCAUUUGUGUUGAGAACCAGGAGCACCAGGAGAUCUUCCAAAGCAUGUCUGAGAAUAUGUCUGACAUGUCAGAGUACCAAACGGAUCAGUUGUAACACGGGUCCACAAAAGAAGCCCAGGAGUUCCUGUGUACACAGAAAAUACAGACUUAACAUUGUAUCUACAACUCCAAUUAAAUGUGAAAACAUGAAAAAUGACUACAAAGGACAAUCCACAUGGUUCUAAAACUUGGUUUCAGUGUUAUACCAGUGACUUUUUAAAAUUGCGUUUCUAUUGGGGGGUAACAUUUCUUGCCUCAUGUAUUUGUGAAACACAGUCAGUGCUCAGUGACCCGAUAUUCUAACACUACCAAGGCAUUGUUGCAUUGUUUUGCUGACAUUAAUGUAUGUGCAAAUAUAUAGGUUAUUUUACUCUGUACAGAAUUACAUAGAUACUGUAUGGGGGUGAUUCAAUACAAUAUGACUCCGAAUUAGCACCAAUUCAGGUUUUAAGGCUCCAGUGGACAGUAUUAUAACUGGACUUUUUAUUUUUAACACUAAUGGAGUUGUUUUAAAGAAAAUUAACAGUUUAAAAAGAUACCCAAAUGAAAAUGAACAUAUAAAAAUAGCACAAAGUAUGCCUAGGCAAAAUAUAUUUGGAUGUGAAUGUAUUGUGCACGCCUAACUUUGGGUAGUGAUGUUGCUAUUGCUGUAUUUGGAGAAAUUAUCAUGUUACACUUUUCAGAGUUUGUUUUUUAAUUCUAAUAUGGCAGCUGUUACCAAAGCACUUAUAGAUUUGAGUACGCAUCUACUAUAUAAAUCUAGAUAAAAGCACUGUAUGCAUAAUCCCUAUGAAACAAUCUCAGUUCUGUAAUAAGUGUCCCGGCAGCUACAUUUUAAAUCUUGAACUGUAAAUGAAAACAGUGGACUACCCGUAACAAUGUGACUAUGUACAUGCCAUUUCGAGUAUUCUACAGACUUAAAGAAGUCUAUUUACUAAGCCUUGGACAGAGAUAAAGUACCAUCCAAUCAGCUCCUAACUACCAUGUCACAGGCUGUGUUUGAAACAUGACAGGUAGAGACUGAUUGGUUGGUACUUUAACUCCGUCCACUUUAUCUUCACCCAAGGCUUAGUACAUAUACCCCUUAUUCUAUCUCUUCAUACAUCACAAAUACAAAUUAUGAUAUUACCAAUUUAGCUGUGCUUGAAAACACUGCAACACAAAAAUUCACAUGAAUAGCAUGUACUAAAAUUCUUGGUUUGUUAUGUGGGGUGUGGCUAUUAAAUAACAAGACUGACAAUAUUUACAUUUAAUUAUAUUAAGUUCAUUUUAAAUCCAUUUCCCAUCUACAGCAUGUACUCCCCUUCUGCAUCCACAACGUUGCAUUUUUAUUUUCUAUUGGUCAUAGUCAUGUUGUAGCUCAUCUGUCUGCUGUCUCAACAGCUCCGUCAUUUUCUUGUUUACUUCAGUAACUGAUCCAAAGUGGGUUCCUUUGAGUACACAUUUGACUUUAGGGAAAGGCAAAAAGUAAGAUGGUGAUAGGUCUGGCCAGUAUGGAGGGUGUUCUAGCACUGCAAUCGAUUUCUCGGCUAAAAACUGCUUCAGAGAAAGAGAGCUGUGUGGGCUGGUGCAUUGUCCUCUUCAUUCUUGGUGAUGAUGAUGGUUUCCAGUGUAUGGACUGGUGUUGUGUCUUGGGAUCAUACUGGAAGAUCUAUGUCUCAUCACAGGUUAUAACUUUAUCUACAAAAUGCAAAUCCAUUUGAAUUUGUUCCAAAAUGUCUGUCAAAUUUGCUUUCAAAUUUCUUUUCUCACAGUGAGAAGCCUUGGAACCAACUUAGCACAAACUUUUGUCAUGUUAAGAUAUUGAUGCCAAACGUAAUAUCUUUUUUUGUUGCUGUUCUCCAUUUCUGCUAUCCUUUGGUGUCGACGGUCAAUUGAAACAUUUUCUUGAUUUCUUUCCACAUUUUUGUUUGUUUUUGAUGUGCAUGUGUUCAUCAUCUUUCACAGCCUCAUGACUGACACCAAAUCUUUUGUGCCACUCAAACACAUGUUCAUGUGACAUACAAUCUGCCCCAUUAGCCUCAGGUAGCAUACUGAAAAAUUUGAGAGGCGCUUUACUUUUGAACUAAGCAUUUUUAUGACGCAUGGGAAAAACACAACUUCUUUGACUGUUUUGUGACUUCAAACUAUCUGUGCGAAAGGGAUGAAACUUGUAAAACCGUUUUACAAGUCCAAGGCCAAUGUUCCCCCACUUUCUUUUAGCUCAAGUACAGUAGUAUGGUUUAUUUACAAAUAAAGUCUCGUUAUUUAAUAGCCACUCCUAUUAUCCUCCUCCUAUAUAAAUACUCAAAGUUGAUAAUAGACAUGGCACAGCAAACUAAUACACAAAAUGAUUUUAUAUAUAUAUAUAUAUAUAUAUAUAUAUAUAUAAUAUCUCACCAAUCGGCGGCACU